AUGCCCCUGGGUCUUCAACAACAGGAUUCUGAUCUUGCAUUCGCCCAAUCGACAACGACGAGCGGCGGGUCGACAACAGCAGCCAGCGACUUUGCGCAAUCCCCCGAGCAUCGUCAUGCUGCUUGGACGGGACGUCGCUCGGAAAGUAGAAGCAGUGCCAGUCUCGCAAAGGAACAGAACAUGACCGCACAAGAUGUAGACGUCGAAGCCGAGGGGCGACCGCCGUAUCUCCACGCCAUGAUCGCAGGUGGAAUUGGAGGAUCUACCGGCGACUUACUUAUGCACUCACUCGACACUGUCAAGACAAGACAGCAGGGCGAUCCUCAUGUUCCAUCAAGAUAUACAUCGUUGGGGCAGUCUUACUACACCAUAUGGAGGCAAGAGGGUAUAAGACGAGGUCUCUACGGGGGGUGGAUUCCCGCUCUCGGAGGUUCAUUCCCUGGAACCGUCAUGUUCUUUGGCACAUAUGAGUGGAGCAAGCGAUUCUUGCUCGACCACGGUGUACAACAACAUGUAUCAUACCUGGCAGCAGGUUUCCUUGGAGAUCUUGCUGCGUCGAUUGUUUACGUACCUUCAGAGGUUCUCAAGACACGCUUGCAACUGCAAGGCCGUUACAACAACCCCCAUUUCGUCUCAGGCUAUAAUUACCGCGGUACUAUCGAUGCUGCUCGCACCAUCGUGCGCCUAGAAGGAGCCUCUGCUCUGUUUUAUGGCUACAGGGCUACUCUCUAUCGUGAUCUCCCUUUCUCUGCUCUGCAGUUCAUGUUUUGGGAGCAAUUCACCACUUGGGCUCGCAAGUACAAGCAGAGUCGCGAUAUCGGCGUUUCCCUUGAGCUCCUUACAGGUGCCGCAGCUGGUGGUCUUGCUGGUGUCAUCACCUGCCCUCUCGAUGUCGUCAAGACACGACUUCAGACACAGAUCAGCGCACCCACAGAACCCCGAGCGACCAGGGAUCACCAUGCCACAUCACAAAUUCGGCAUAUCUCGACAUCAUCUCCCAGCACACAUCGACCACGACCCGGCGCUGUUGCUCUCGACACUUCUUCCGUCUUUACCGGCUUGCGCAUGAUUUACCGCACAGAAGGCGUUGCAGGAUGGUUCCGCGGCGUCGGUCCUCGCGGUGUAUGGACCUUUAUCCAGAGCGGCUGCAUGCUAUUUCUGUACCAACGACUUCUUCGGCAGCUCGAGGAUUUUAUGCCUAACGAGCUGAAGGAAAUGUAG